ACCUUGUCAGAUUAAAUGUUAGUGCCGUAGAAGUGACUUCAGUCUUUGACGAACAUGAGAUCGAGAUGUAGCAUUGUGCUCUGGAAUAUUCUACAAUGACCUCGGUAUCAGCAAGAACAGGACGUACUGGCCAUGCUCACACGAUUUUGGUAUUCUUAGCAUCGAUUAGUCGAGGAAUAGGCGUAACAGCCCGACGAGCCAGUGGUCAAGUUCAGAGUCGCGCGGCAUCACAAACCGUUGCUGUCCAGGACGUGUUACGGCGAAUGGUCGAAAAUGGUUUGGAGUGUGAUGAUACGACUGCCGACAUGUAACAAUCUGUACAGGUCACAGCCUAGACCAUGUCGGAUUUAGAUGUGGCGCAGCACUUUGAAUUAAGCUUCGAAGGGUAUAGAACAUGCCGAUCUGCAACAGUUACGAC